CGGUUUUUUUCAAACAUUUCCUUAGCUGUUGUUUGACCAGACAGCGUUUCAGGUGGUUGUGGCCUUUUUGGGCAGACACUCUCGGCCAGUGAAAGUGUGUGCACAUACUGUGUCAGUGCUGAAGGUGCGAAAUACUGCGCUACUCUACUCUACUCUACUCUAUUGUGAGGCAGCUGAGGCAGUUGGCGCCUUUCGGGUGCGCGCGAGCCUCCCGCCGCUCCUGCACGCUCCCCGCGCGCUGCCGCGGUCCGGCACGUAAGAGGUUAACCGCGCCCCCUCCCGCGUGGAAAACGCCACCGCGGGAGCCCAGAAAGGGGGCCCGGGCCAAACCAUUCCGCGAGACGCGCUGAGCGGGAGCCCCCUCGUUCCAUGGCCCUCGCGCGAAGUGAGGGCUCUGGGUGCGCGUGCCAGAGGUCCCGUUAACUUCGCCGUUUUUACGAAAAGAACAAGUCAAGGCGCCCCACCCAAAUGCUGGCCCGAGCAGAAAAAAGUGAAGAAGUGAAGUGGAAGUGACUGUCCGAGGUCCGAGCGAGUGCCAGCGACACUGACUGAGACUGAUGCCAUCGCCGAUCAGUGAUCACGCGCUCGUCGGGCUCGAGCCGUCCACGCGGGAGCGAGGCGCGCAGUUGCGAGAACGGAGGGAAAAGGAGUUUUGACGUGCGCGGUCACGCGGGAUUCUUCUUGGUCGUCAGGCGUCGGAAACACGCGUUCUUUCUUUCUUUUUGAAUUCCGUGGCGAGCGGAGGACCAGCGAGAUGCCACCGCUGUGCAGUUAAUUGGAGCGGCAGCACCGCAGCGACUCGCCACACGUCACGGCACAACUUCUGGAUGUGACGAGCAGCAAUAAACUGUUUGGAGAGAACAGAGAGAGACAGACGAAAACUCGAUGAUAACUUCUUUUCCAUAUAAGCACAGUAUAAGUGCGGUUUCUGAACUGGGUGUGUAGCAGUUCCUCCCGUUCUCCUCUCCUCCUGCUGCUGAUCCCACGAACGCGCCGACGACUCUCAGUCUGGUGCCGCACCGCGGAGCGCUCUGUCCGAAGGUCCGACUGGAGGAGCAUGAGAAAGUGUCCGCCCCGGCGCCGCUCUCCGUGUGCCCGUGGGCUGCGCCGCGCACGGGAAUGAUGCCGUCCAGCGCGUGGAGAAUCGCCGUGCUCCUGCUCGCGUGUGCUCGCGUGUGCUCGGGGUCCCGUCUGCGCCAGGAGGACUCCCCGCCCCGGAUCGUGGAGCACCCCUCCGACCUGAUCGUGUCCAAGGGCGAGCCGGCCACCCUCAACUGCAAGGCAGAGGGGCGGCCCGCUCCCACGGUGGAGUGGUACAAAGAUGGCGAGCGGGUGGAGACGGACCGCGACAACCCUCGCUCCCACCGCAUGCUGCUUCCCAGCGGCUCCCUCUUCUUCCUGCGCAUCGUCCACGGCCGCCGCAGCAAACCGGACGACGGCAGCUACGUCUGCGUGGCGCGCAACUACCUGGGGGAGGCCGUGAGCCGCAAUGCCUCGCUGGAGGUGGCCCUUCUGCGUGAUGACUUCCGGCAAAACCCUGCAGAUGUGAUGGUGGCAGCGGGUGAGCCAGCUGUGCUGGAGUGCCAACCACCCAGGGGACACCCUGAGCCCACCAUCUCCUGGAAGAAGGAUGGUGCCAACGUUGAUGAUCGAGAUGAACGUAUAACGAUCCGUGGGGGUAAGCUGAUGAUCACCAAUGCCAGGAAAAGCGACGCAGGGAAGUAUGUGUGUGUGGGUACCAACAUGGUGGGCGAGAGGGAAAGCGAGAUCGCCGAGCUGACCGUCCUGGAGAGGCCAAGUUUUGCCCGGAGACCCAGCAGCCGAGUGGUUCUAGCAGACGAGAGUGUGGAGUUCCGCUGUGAGGCCCGAGGCGACCCAGUGCCCACAGUUCGCUGGCGUAAGGAGGAUGGCGACCUGCCCAGAGGGAGGUUUGACAUUCUGGAAGACCACACCCUUAACAUCAAGCGUGUGACACCAGCAGACGUGGGCUCCUAUACCUGCGUGGCAGAGAACAUGGUGGGCAAGGCUGAGGCAUCCGCCACAUUAACUGUGCACGUUGUGUCUGUGCCACCCAUGUUUGUGGUGCGACCUCGGAACCAGGUAGCAGCUGUGGGCCGAACGGUCACCUUCCAGUGUGAGGCAUCAGGGAACCCACAGCCUGCCAUCUUCUGGCAGAGAGAAGGAAGCCAGAACCUGCUCUUCACCUAUCAGCCGCCUCAGCUCUCCAGCCGUUUCUCAGUGUCACAGACAGGUGACCUCACAAUUACCGAUAUUCAGCGCUCCGAUGGUGGCUUCUACAGCUGCCAGGCUCUAAACAUUGCUGGCAGUGUCAUCACCAAGGCUCUGCUGGAGGUCACUGAUGUGGUGUCAGAUCGGCCACCACCUGUAAUUCGGCAGGGCCCGGUUAACCAGACGGUACCAGUGGAUGGGAUGGUCACGAUGGCCUGUGAGGUGGCCGGAUCCCCCAUGCCCAGCAUCCUGUGGAGGAAGGAUGGGGCACUGAUAUCCACCCAUGACUCACGCAUCAAACAGCUGGACACGGGUGCACUGCAGAUUCGCUACGCCAAGCUGGGUGACACGGGGAUGUACACCUGUACAGCCUCCAACCCUAGUGGCGAGGCCACGUGGAGGGCUCACCUCGAAGUGCAAGAAUUUGGGGUUGUUGUACACCCUGCCAGGCCAACAGACCCAAACCUGAUCCCCAGCGCCCCUACCAAGCCCGAGGUAACAGACAUCAGCCGCACUUCCGUCAUCCUGACUUGGAAGCCCAAUCUCAACAGUGGGGCUACGCCGACAUCCUAUGUAAUCGAGGCCUUCAGCCAUGCCUCUGGAAGCAGCUGGCUAACCCUAGCAGAACACGUGAAGACAGAGACCUAUGUCUUGCGAGGCCUGAGGCCUGGUGCUGUCUAUCUGUUCCUGGUGCGGGCUGCCAAUGCCUAUGGCCUGAGUGACCCCAGCCCCAUCACCGACGCUGUCAGGACACAGGAUGUUCCCCCUACCAUCCAAGGCGUGGAUCACCGACAGAUCCAGAAAGCACUGGGCGAUGUGGUGGUCCACCUGCACAACCCCACUAUCCUGUCGUCCUCAUCUGUCAGGGUCCAGUGGACUGUGGAGCAGCAAUCGCAGUAUGUCCAAGGCUACAAAGUGAUGUACCGUCCUGUCCCGGAGGGGGGACAGGCCAAGGGUCAGUGGACUGUUUAUGAGGUGCGCACCCCAGGCCAGGACGGCACUAUUGUGCCUCAGCUGAAGAAAGGGGUCACCUAUGAGUUCAAGGUGCGGCCCUUCUUUGACGAGUUCCAGGGAGCUGACAGCGAGGUGAAAGUUGCCCGGACAUUUGAAGAAGCCCCCAGUGCCGCCCCUCGUGAUGUCACCAUCAAAAAGAGCAAUGACAAUGGGACUGCUAUUCUGGUUGCCUGGCAACCACCUCCAGAAGAGGACCAAAAUGGGGUUGUCCAGGAGUACAAGAUUUGGUGCUUGGGUAAUGAGAGCCGCUACCACGUGAACCGUACCGUGGACGGGUCUACCUUCUCGGUAGUGAUCCCCAGCCUGGCCCCUGGGGUGCGCUACAGUGUGGAGGUGGCAGCCAGCAACAGCGCCGGUGCGGGUGUUCGGAGCGACGUCACUUUCUUCCAGCUUGACUCGGCCGGUCGGAUCACAGGGGCCGAGGAGUACCCCUUGUCCCAGCAGAUCUCGGAUGUGGUCAAGCAGCCGGCCUUCAUUGCGAGCAUCGGCGCCACCUGCUGGGUCGUCCUCAUGGUGUUCAGUAUCUGGCUCUACCGCCAUCGCAAGAAGAGGAGUGGGCUUAGUAGCACCUACGCUGGUAUCCGCAAAGUUCCAUCCUUCACCUUCACUCCUAUAGUGGCAUAUCAGAGUGGAGGAGAAGCCAUCUGUAGUGCAGGAAGGCCCGGUCUGCUGAACGCAGGGGAAGCGGCGACUCAGCCGUGGCUUUCGGACUCCUGGCCCAACACCUGCACCACCCACAAGGACUGCGGUAUCAACUGCUGCAACAGUGGCAAUGGCACAAGUGACAGCAACCUGACCACGUACAGCCGCCCCGCUGACUGCAUUGCCAACUACAACAACCAGCUGGACAGCAAGCAGCCCGGCCUGCUGGCACCUGAGUCGGACGUGUACAGCGAUGUGGACCUCAACAAACUCAAUGAGAUGAAGACCUUCAACAGCCCCAGCCUGUGUUUCAUGGGCCCUGGAGGGCCAGGCGGGCCCCCCACACCCUAUGAGCCCACCCCUUAUGCCACCACACAGCUCAUACAGGCCAACAUCCUGAGCAAAAACAGCGCAGGUGGAGUAGGUGGCGGAGCUGGAGACCCCGGAGAAAAACGCUGCUGGAAGCCUGGCCUACAGCAGAAGCAACAAGACAUGGCACCACAAAUGCAGUACAGCAUGAUGGAGCAGAACAGGCAGAACAAAGAUCCACACAGGAGCACAGAUGGCACCCUGCCUGCCACCAUCCCUUACGGCCAGCCCCAUGAGCUCAACACUGGCGGCUCCUACCACAGCUCCGACCGUGGCAGCAGCAGCACAUCUGGGAGCCAAGGGCAGAAGAAGACGGGCCGCACCCCCAAACCAGGCAAACAGAGCACGCUGAACUGGGCACCGGGCCUUCUGCCCCCUUCAUCUUCCCAGCCCGAGGAGUACUCCAUGUCUGUGAUGAAGAGCUACGACCCUGAUGUGCAGUGCCCUGCCCUCCCGGCACGGAUGUACCUGCAGCCAAAUGAGAUGGAGGAAGAGGAAGCCGGAGAAGAAGCUGAGACGGACAGGUGUCCUACUCCUCCAGUUCGCGGAGCGGCAUCGUCGCCUGCUGGCAUGUCCUACAGCCAUAAAUCAACAGCCACGCUCACACCGUCCCCCCAGGAAGAGCUGCAGCCCAUGCUUCAUGACAGACGGUAUGCUGGGAGCCCACCCCUGCCCCCACAGCCCUUAUCGCCCCCGCCCACCUAUGGUUAUGCCUCCAGUCCCAUGGCGCUGGACACCGACGGACUGGAAGAGGAAGACGAAGAAGAGGAAGGAGACGAAACGGACGCAGAGGUGGCCCGAGUGCACUUUCAUCCGCACCCUGCACAGCAGCCACGCACCUCGCGUCGCUUGGCCCCCCAUGGCCUGGAGCGAACCCCUGCUUCCAGCAUGGGCGACCUAGAGAGUUCUGUCACAGGCUCCAUGAUCAAUGGCUGGGGCUCUGCCUCCGAGGAGGAGGACGAGGAGCGUCGCAGAGGUGCUGCCUCCUCUGGUCGUUCCAGCGCCGCCAGCUCUUCCGAUGGCUCCUUCUUCACCGAUGGGGACUUUGCUCAGUCCAUGGCCAGCUGCGCUGGGAGGCACAUGGAACUCCCUGAACAGUUGUAUCCGGGAGGCCAUAAGUUUCACGCGCCCCUUCCAAGUCGCCGUCCCAGCAGUCCCGUGUCCACUGAUAGCAACAUGAGCACCGCCGUCCCGCAGAAGCGGCCGCCACGGAGGCAGAGGCAGAAUGCGACCAACCACCAGCCGAGGGAGCCCUACAUGGAGGAACCAGCCUCGCCGCUGCACCUCCCACCAGCAGGGGCAACGUCUCCCAACUGCCCCAACCAACUGUAUGGCCGAGGAGAUGGCAGGGAAAGAAGAGGUGCCACAGGCGGUGCGCACCGACCUGGGGAGGCUCAUGAGAGACACAGAAGUUCACGAGGGGCCAGAGCGGCCAGUCAAGAGAGCGGAACCGGCAACCAGGCUUGGCAACACCAAGGCGUGGAGGAUAUUCCGCCCUACAGUCGGCCCUCUUUCCCACCGACAGCUAGCUCACGCGAGAGGGACCGGGACCCCAGCUCUUCCGGCUCAAUGUCAUCUCGAGGCUCGGGGGGGCGGCGACGAGGCGAGGGGUCCACUGGGCUUCGCAGGAAUCCCACAGAUCCUGGGAUAACCUUUCAACUGGAAGAAGGUGACCCCCAGAUGCUGGAGAGUUGAAGAGCAGAUGGGUGCAGAACUCGACCCCCAGGUCUGCACAGGAUGUGGGGGGAACCACCCUGAUCUCCUAGUUCCAUUUAUCAGGAUGUCUGGUGGACUCGUUCUGCUGACGGCUUUUGUCAGUGUUUCUCUACAUCUCCCUCAAAAAAAGACAACACUUUUGCUCUCAUUUUGUUUCAGUUCGUCAUUUACUGUCCAUUUUCGAAGCAGGAGAUGGGGAAAAAAUUCAGCAGUGCUUUGGAACCCUGGCAGUUUUUUAUUUCCUGGCAAUACGGAGUGGUUGUUUACUCGACCCUAUGAACGAUGACCCCACAGCGAGCUCAAAUGGCCCUUCCACCCAGGAGCAAACAUUAGCCACCAGCACAUGUAGGGUUACCGGGUUUCGCUUAAAUUCUGUUGUUGUACUUGUCCUCCCUGUCCAUCAUUGUUUGGAGCUCUCCCUUUGUCGUAAUUUUUAUCAUUGUCAUCUUUCUGAUCGCUGUUUUAAAUGGUUCAAUCAUUUCAUCUCUUGAGUGCAACUGUGGGAGGAAUCUGUGUAGGAUUUUUUUUUUUUUUUUGAAUGCACUGUUUUGUUUGUUUUUAAUGUCAUUGUCUUCAGUGUUUGUUACUCGUCUUUGGUUUUAAAAGCACAAUCACUAAACUUUAUUUUAAAGCAUUUUAUCUAUUAAACAUUGUGUUUUUCCUGGAGGAUCGGAGUGAGGAGUAAAAAGUCUCGUGAAUCGUGAUGAGUGAUUUGUAUGGUGGGACUCGGGGCGAGACGCAGUUCAGGUCUUCGUUUGCAGCAGCUCAGCCUACUGUGGAAACAAACUGCACGUUCACAUGUCGGGGGCCUCCAAACGGGUCCCUGUUGCACAAAAACGACCCCUAUCGAUAUGUUGUCUGCGGAUGCACUUAAAAAGAAAAAAGCUAAGAAGCAGGAAGUGGACUGACUGCCCCUCCGGAACAGCAAGCUUUUCCGCCGGCGCUUCAGUGGGAUUUACCCAUAGGUGGGGUAUGUGGCAGGAGCUGGGUGCUCUGGUUGAAGGACUUCCUUAGGUUGCGUUUGUUUAAUUCAAUCGAACUGAAAACUAAACUGUAAAACUCAGGAUGCUGUUCACCACCUUCUGAACUCUACCACAACAUCAGCAGGAAACUGGCUGCAGAACAAAAAACAACCCUGAGGAAGAAAUGAGGAAGCCGGUCCACCGGUGCUCUUUUUGUGCCGCGACUGCGCCCGCAGUUGAGUGACUCCAUCUCCAGCGCCGCCCAGAGAAGCCCACUGCCGUGGAGUGUUGUUGUUUUUGUACUGCAAUUGAAGAAUUUGAACUGAAGAAGAAAGGUCAGGACAUAUUCCUGAGCGAAACUCAUUUUGUUCUUCGUUAGUUUUUUUUUUUGCCAUGGUAUAAAUGGCAGCCUCUUUAUCGCUUGCUAAACUUUUACAUUUGGAGGGUAAUGUAAUCUGAAACAUGUAAUUUCUUUUCCACAUUAUUUAUUAAAAUUUCCUUAAAUACCAAA